UAUUAUUGAUUUAGGAUUAUGUAAACCUGUAAGUGAUUUACAGGAUUCUGAUAAUGAAAUUUAUGGAGUUUUACCUUAUAUGGCGCCUGAAAUAUUAAGAAAUAACCCCUAUACUCCAGCAAGUGAUAUUUAUAGUUUUUCAAUGAUAAUGUGGGAAUUUACAUCAGGUAUUCCCCCAUUUAAAUGUGAAGCACAUGAUUAUGAUCUGAUCUUGAGUAUUUGUAAAGGAGAACGUCCUAAAAUUAUAAAAAAUACUCCAAAAUGUUAUGUGAAUUUAAUGAAAAAAUGUUGGGAUUCAAAUCCUGCCAAUAGACCAACUAUAAUAAUGCUUGAAAAUGUUAUAUCUGAAUGGAUUGGAUGUAUUAGUGAUUAUUAUAGAAUAAACAGUGAUGGAAAUUAUAAAUUUGAUGUACCUAAUAUUGAUAAUCAAUUAAAAGAUGUUAUGUUGGAAUUUGUUAUGGCAAACAAAUCUUUAGCGCAGGAACAAGUAAAUUCUUCUAUUACACAAUCUCAUCCACAAGCACAUUAUACAAGUCGCAAACUUGCUGAAAUUUUA